GCACACAAGCUCAGUAUAGCAGCUACAAGCCACUCACGACUUCACGAGCUGACCAACACCCUUCCAAGCCUCCUUCCAUCACUUUGCCCGCGGAGCUCGACCGCUGCGAGGUUACAUCACAAGAUGGACCGUGUAAUGAAGCUAGCAUCUGAGCGUGCCGUGGUGGUGUUCACCCUGAGUCCCUGUUGCAUGUGCCACACAGUGGAGCGUCUGUUUCGUGACCAGCUUGGGGUGAAUGCGCUGGUGCACGAGCUCGACCAGGACCCUAGGGGCAAGGAGAUGGAGAGAGCUCUCCUCAAGAUGCUCGGCAGGGGGCCGUCGGUGCCGGUCGUCUUCAUCGGCGGGAAGCUUGUUGGUGGCACCAACAGGAUCAUGUCUCUACACCUCGGUGGCGAGCUAGUCCCCAUGCUCAAGAAUGCCGGUGCUCUCUGGCUAUAGAGAGAUAGUUCAAGAGACGACCUAACUCUUGUACAACUCGGAGAGAUAAGAUGGUUGACGAGUAACGUGUGAGUUGCACAUUUUCCUAGAAUAAUCCAAGUGACCUAGUGUGUGUCAAGGAAGGUUUUUUCUCUCCUACCUUGACAGUCACAAGGUUUGAUCUCGCUGGUAGUUAAGUAGCGAGUGAUGUGCGUGGUUGCUGUAAUAAUAUUCUUCUUAAGUUUUUGUUAUAUCUA